UCAUAUAGAGUUCGUAGAACCAACCCACGGUCUUCUCUCUCCUUUCUCGCCACCUUCCCCGGACAACCCAUAUUUAUACACCCAAUCAGCCUCUUCCCCUACCAAUUCAAACCCCACCCCUGAUUUCAGAUUCAAACUCACAAAAUUGUUUCGCUAAUUUCGCAGUAAUCUUCGAUAUUGUCGUCAAAGCGAGUUUGAGUCUAAAUUGUUGAAAGACUAAUUAAUCCCUUCCGAUGGCAAAUUCUCGAGUUUUAGAAGUCACGAUCAUCUCCGGCGAAGGCCUGCCGGCAAAGAAGAACGCGUUCGUCGUGGUCAGGGCUGAUCCCUGGACCUCCACGUCUACGAAAGUGGAUUCCGACGGCGGAAGCUACCCUCAAUGGAACGAGAAGCUCGCAGUGGACUUGCCGGCGCGUUCACAGUUUCUGAUGGUGGAGGUGCAAUGCAAGACCUAUUCAGGGAACAAAGUUGUCGGUACGGCGAGAAUCCCGGUCUCGGACUUCACGGGGGAGUACUUCCCGGCGAACUACUUACAUUUGUUGAGCUAUCGGUUGAGGGACAGCAGUGGCGUGCGUAGCGGGAUAAUCAAUCUUUCGGUGAGAAUGAAGGUACCGGAGAAUGCAUUGGCCGCAGCCGCCACGUCGUGCGGCGCCGCCUCCUCGUACUCACGGCCGUGGACGGGGUAUCCGGUGGCGGAGAAGUCUGGCGGUGUAGUCAUCGGAGUUCCGGCGUGGAGUAGAUAUUGAUGAAGUGAAAUUUGCAUCCAAGAGAUUUGUCACAAAAUGAGAAGGAUCAGGGGUGGCAUUGGCAUACAUGAUAUACAUGAUGUAGAUAAUUUUUUUUUAAAUAUUAUCAAAUACAUUAUAUCUUUAAUUA